GUUCUGAUUGGCUCAAAUAAGGGCUGUUUGUCAUGCUGAAGAGUGCAGAGCAAAAUGGUGGAGUAGACACGGCCUUGCGUCUCUGAGUGGCGAAGACUGGAUUUGAAGUCAUUGCCCUCCCUCUCCGCCUGCUCUCUCCAGAGUUGUGCUCCACAGAGCAGCCAGGAGUAGAGAGGCGCCUCACCCAGAGAUUCUGCCAUGUUUUGGCUCUCCCAGACCUGUUUCUUUCUCCUGCUGCUGCACAGCGUGGCCUCCGAGGUCUUCCUGAACAGUGACGAUGCUAGCCAGAUUCUGAACCGGCGGCGGCGGGCCAACAGCCCAUUUGAGGAGUUACGGCAGGGAGACAUGGAGAGAGAGUGUAUCGAGGAACCCUGUGACAGAGAGGAGGCUAGGGAGAUCUUUGAGGAUGACAAACUGACUACUGAAUUCUGGAACAAAUAUUACGAUGGAGAUGCCUGUGAGUCUAAGCCAUGUGUCCACAACGGGGUCUGCAAGGAUGGGAUUGGGACGUACACCUGCUUCUGUCUCGCUGGAUUCAAGGGGUACAGCUGUGAGAUUGACAUUCCUGAGAUGUGUGAGAAUAACAAUGGAGACUGUGAUCACUUCUGCCACGUGAAGAAGGACAGUGUGCAAUGCUCCUGUGCCGAUGGCUACUAUCUGGACACAGACGACAAGUCCUGCCUUUCCAACGAGACCUUUAAGUGUGGCUUCAUGGUAUCCAAGGACACCCGCACCAUCUUCAUCUACCAGCCUAACACCACUGCCACCAACACCACUGAAAAGACCAACAUGAUGGAGGACCCUAUCAGGGAAACGGCCUUGAAUGUAACCCAACAGAGUGAAAUCCAAUUUGUAUAUGAGGAUGAAGUUAUCGACAUGGUGACGGAGAAGCCAAUCUUUGCCGAGGCGAGAGGCGAAACCCGUAUUUUCAAUGGGAAGGAGUGUCCCCCAGGAGAAUGUCCCUGGCAGGCUUUCCUGGUAAACCACGAGGACAGGGGCUUCUGUGGAGGAACAAUCCUGAAUAAGUACUUCAUCUUAACUGCAGCACAUUGCAUGAACCAGACACGGUCCUUUUACGUUGUCCUCGGAGAGUUUGAUACGGAGGUGAAGGAUGGACGGGAGGCCAUACACCAGGUGGAAAAGGUGUUCAUCCACAAGGCCUACAUCUCCACCACCUAUCACAACGACAUCUCCCUCAUCAUGCUGAAGGACCCUAUCAAGUUCACCGAGUUCAUCCUCCCCGCCUGCCUGCCCGAACGCAACUUUGCCGAGAAGGUGUUGAUGAAACAGUCAUACGGCCUGGUGAGUGGGUUCGGUCGUGUGGGGGAGGCCAAACAGCCGUCCACCAUCCUACUGCGUCUGACCGUGCCCUACGUACCCCGGGCCACCUGCCUUCAGUCCAGCCAGCACAAGAUCUCCAACCGCAUGUUCUGCGCCGGCUACGAUAAGGAGAAGAAGGACGCGUGCCAGGGGGACAGCGGCGGACCCCACGUCACCCGUUAUGGGGACACCUGGUUCGUCACGGGCGUGGUGAGCUGGGGCGAAGGGUGCGCCCGCGAGGGCAAGUACGGCAUCUACACGCAGGUGUCCAAGUACAUCGACUGGAUCCGGGCAGUCAUGGGGAAGUUUCUCCCCAAGGAGGGGGGGAGGAGGAAGACGAGGGGGGCGGGUCAUAUGCACUCAAUGAUGUGGGUUUGAGGGAGACAGAGGAGAGAGGAGAACCAAUCAAUAAAGAGGCUUGAGGAAUUAUGGGCAAGAAA